CUUGGACUUGGAAAAAAAUGUAUCACUCCAUGUGCAUGGAACAGAUUCCAGUUCAAAGUGGUGGAUACAAGUGAGCAUCAAACAACUUGUGUGGAUACUAUUACCAGCUCUAUGGCAUAUGUUCUUCGGUCAAAUCGCUACCUGUUUUAUCUUACCAGCUCUAUAAGUAAUGUAUACUAUACUAUGUCUAUAUUAUUAUAUGUAUAUAUGAUUAAAUAAGCUCAUUCCCAAAGUCUGGGAAACAUAAACAGGUCUUUAUUUUGAUGGGGUGUACUUGCACCAAAGCGCGACUUCGGCAUGAAGAUCCGGCAAUUCUAGCUGAACAAACUUAUUUUAAUAUUUCUGAAAUUAAAGCUUUAUAUGAUCUGUUCAAGAAAUUAAGCAGCUCUAUGGUCAAUGAUGGACUAAUUAGCAAAGAAGAGUUUCAGCUUGGCUUAUUUGGAAGCAGCAAGAAGCAGAACCUCUUCGGCGACAGGGUGUUCGAUAUAUUUGACUCAAAAAAAGACGGUAUGAUAGAUUUUGGAGAGUUUGUUAAAGCUUUAAGCGUCUUCCAUCCAGCAGCGCCUCAACCACAAAAGGCAGCUUUUGCAUUUCGACUCUACGAUAUAUCGCAAAAAGGCUUUAUCGAACGAGACGAGGUAAGAGAGAUGAUACUGGCACUCCUAAGAGAAUCUAAUUUGGUUCUUUCUCAAGAUAUAAUUGAGCUCAUAAUUGAUAAGGCAUUUAAAGAAGCUGAUUUAAAAGGAGAUGGAAGGAUUGAUCCAGAAGAGUGGGAAAAGUUUGUUGCUCAAAAUCCAUCCUUACUAAGGAAUAUGACUAUACCAUAUUUGAAGGAUCUAAAUGUGCAGUUUCCUGGUUUUGAACAAAUAUCAGACAUUGAAGAUUAGAUAACAUAAACAACAUUCCAUGGGAAAUAAAAUGUGGAUUCCUUAGUUGGCAUAAAUCAUAUAUCCUCUGUGCACUAAACAAUACUUCCUCCAUUCUUUUAUAAGUGUCGGUUUAGCAUAAAACUCUUCGACCAAGAUAGCAGAUUGUUGUAUUCUUUGCCCAAUUCUACUCUCAUUUUAAUCCAUCAUUUACUUUCUCUUUUCAAUAAAUUCAGUAUACGCGCUAUUUCUCUCUAUUAAAUUUUAUUUAAAAUGUAAAACAAGUUACUAAGAAAUGGUAAAAUUGACAAAUUAUAACCUUAAAAUAGCAAAAACUACGAUUAAAUAAGAACA